AUGGCAAAGAACCUAUCACUCGAUGAUCAAAUAUCUAACCAUCGAAAAUAUGUUGUUUCCCCGUCAACUGUUCGUUCUCGUAGUGCUGAACAGAUUCAUCGAGAUCGAACGGUUGAUUGUCAAAAUCGAUUAGAGACAAAUCGACGAAAUGUUUUGUUUUCGAUCAUGGAAAAAGAACUUCGUCAAGAACAAAUAGUACAAAGAAUACGCAUGCUGCAUUUCUUGAAUAACUUAAAACGCAAACAUCCUCUGGCUCAUUAUUUUCUUCCACAUGUCUUGUCUUCUGAUGUUCACGAUCUUCUCACUCCAAUCGAUUUUCAUUUGAUUCAUUCACGAAUUCUUGCUACGACGAAUGAGACAACUGCUUCGAACUAUGACAAACGUUCACGUUCUCUUCUCACAAAGAUUUCUGAGGAGAACAAUGUGUUUAUUCCACAAGAUAUUCAGAAACUGACUAAGUCAGAAGGUGAUAUGAAAGUAUCUGAGAAACAUCCGGUGAACAAUGAUGCUUUCUCCAUACGGUAUCAACAACUGCAACUGGCAAUGCAUACUCAUAAAAUCACCGGAAGAAGACCAGUCGAUGAUCAGAUGAAGAACAUAAUAACGAACACGAGAAAUGAACGUAUUCGAGCUGCACUACAGAGAUGUCAACAAGCGAAACUAAGAGAUACUUAUGAAAGCGAACGAAAAGUGCAUGAAAGUGAUCUGGCGACACGUGUAAAUCUCUUCUUAAAGUAG